AAUAGAUUCCUACUGCGUCGUGUCACUUUAAGUGAUAGUAGGGGGUGCACUGCGCAACCCAAACUGAUUAGAGAUAACCGGUUUGUCGUUAGUAACAGAAAACAACAAAGCUAUUUACAUGAGCAUAUCAAGGCGAUGAACGUGUAUGUGGUCACGUAGGCCCCUCGCUGGACAGGUGAGAGUCUUUGGCAUUCAAAACUGAUUUUGAUGCCGGAAGGUGAAAGAGAAUCCAGGUGAAUGGUCCCAGGUAAAACGAGUAGGGUGGAAGUCACGUCUUCACCAAGACAUUCUCUCUCCCCCCUUCGCACCUCCCCUAUCAAAUCGAGAAAAUGAGGGAGGGAUUGGGGUGGUGAAAGGCAGAGGGCAAAGAGGAAAGAAGAAGAAGAACAACAUUUCUCCUGGAAAUGGUUCCCAAGCGUCUCCUUGGUCCAAAGACACAAAGAGCCUUCCAAGAGGAGGGCGGAGAAAUAACCUUGUGAGCGUGUACGUACUCGCAAGACGUUUCUGUUGCUGUUGGGAUGACGGACUGGAUGGAUUCACGUGCCGAGACAGAAACGAAGCAGUCGGUGGUUUUCUCUGGGUCCUGGACUUUUCGGUCGAUCAAUCUGAUUGUGUGAUUUCUUGCCUCCCGUUUUCUCGUGAAGGGAAACCUCCUUCACGAAAGAGAGCCAGUGGUUUUUGUUGUUGUUGCCGUCGUUGUCUCGGUUGUUUUUUAUACUAAGCCAAAAGGGAAGAGGUAGAAAAAGGAGAGAGACGAAGAAAAGAGACUCAGAGAAAUGGGGAAAAUUGGUAAGAAGAAGAAUAAGAAAAACAAUGGCCGCUUUGGCGGAACUAAUUGCGUGCCGAUACUGCCGACUGGCCGUGCGGCGCGUAGCGCGAGCGGCCCAGUACGUCCCGAGAUCGCUUCCAUCGAGCUCGCUUUCAAAGGGGCUUCGACUGUCCCCGCGUUUCUUGUUUUGAAUUUGGCGGCCGGCCUCCGGUCGUCGCGAGUCUCCAUCGUUUGUCGAUGGUCUUGCAGUCGGGUCGGCGGAGCGAUGUACGUCAUCCACGCCGACGACGCAUUGGACUCGCUCAUCGCCGACGUGCACAGUCGAGUGCUAUGCGGCGAGCGUGUCAGCCAAAUGACGAAGACGUACAAUGACGUCGAAGCGGUCACGCGCCUACUCGAAGAGAAGGAGAAGGAUUUGGAGUUGGCGGCUCGGAUUGGCCAAGGACUUUUGACGAGGAACAAGGCGCUAGAAGAGCGCUUGAUUGCUGUCGAAGGAGAACUGCACAGUGCCCAUGAUACAGUCACCCAGUUACGGCACGAUCUCCUCCUCAAGGGCGAACUUUUGCAGAUAUACUCCAACGAUUUCGACGACAGCAGUCCGGAGGGCGUGCGGGCUUUUACAACUGACUUACUUCAACGCAAAGUCAAAGGGCUGGAAGAUGACAACCGUAAGUUGCGGGCUGAAGCCUCCCAGCUGGCCAACGAGUCGUCAGAGACGGAACUGCGCGAAGAACAACUGCUGCACCAAGUCGUCGCUCAGCUAGCUGAAGCCAAUAACCACAUCAAGAAUCUGGAUGAGGAGCUAGCCAACAAAUACGAUGAAGCGGGCAAACAUCGCGAGGAGAUCACCAGCUUGCUCGGUCAGCUGGUCAGCCAACGGCACAAAAUUCGUGAGCUGACGUUGGAGAACGAAGACUUGACGAUGCAAUUGCACGUGGUUCGAGAUUGCCAGACUGAAUUGGUGGCGGAGCUGUCAGAGUACAAAGACAAAUACGCUGAGAUCCUAGAACUUCUCCACGAGACCCAGGAGCAAGUGAAGGAGCAAAACAAACGGAGUCUUCCGACCUCUCGCGGUUUGGCUGGUGCAUCUGCCCCACCCAGCAGGGCAACUUCCAACUUCCAUCCGGAUUCUUUAGCCUCGGAGCUGGAGCUCUCUUCCCUCGGCUCUGAGAGUUGGCCAUCGGAAAUUUCUACACCGCAAACCUAUCCUCGGUUCCAGUACCAGCGCGUUUUCGAUACAGUCCGAUGCGCAUCACUAGCCGUGGAGUCCAGCAUACCGCUGGCAUCGACACCGACGACUGAUGGUCCUCGACUCCAGACACCUCGGCUUGUGGUCAACACUUCCACCCCGAUAGCCGAAAUCAGCCCUUCGUUCCAGAAAGCCGAGUCGGUGUUGAAGAAGCUGACGGCAUCGUCGGAAACAGACUAUCCGGCCACUUCCAAGGUGGGCGUUCCAGGAACACCGGGAACAGUUGAUUUGACACACGCUCUGCGUCGCCUGACUCCCAAGACUUCAGCCACUGCUCCGUCUCACGAUGGGCACGGCUGGAGGACGCCGGACAGCAUCAUGUCGACGGGAAGCCGUUCUGGUCUCAGCAGCCUUAAUUCCAUUCAUUACCCAGAAAAGCUCAAGAUCAUUAAACCGAUGGAAGGUUCGAUGACGUUGCAUCAUUGGUCCCGCUUGGCCACUCCACACCUGGGCACGCUGUUGGAAGAGAGGCCCGGGGUGACCACCCGUGAAACGGACUCGAAACAUAUGGCCGGUCAUAACUACCCACGGGAUUUACUAGAAAUGUACAGUCUUUAUGACGUUGAGGAAGACGAGGAAAUGGAGAUGUUGCCUGGUAAAAGUUUCAACUCAUCCGCAUCUGUUUACACGCUGACUAAUUCGACGACGGCGAUUCAUCCCAACAGUUUGACUCACGUCACGUCUUCGAUACCAAGUGCUUACAUGACUUCUUCGAUCGAUUAUCCUAGUCUAGAUCACUCAGUCAAUUCUGUUGGGCCCACGCAAACUGGCAAUCGAUCAGAUCCUGUCUCAACAUUUUCUACGCAGCGAAGUCUAGCCGAAGCCUUACACGAAAGAGGAGUUGGCCAUUCGAUCACUGGGUGGAGCGGCUUGUCUACACCCUACAACAGUCCGGGCUGUCCGUCGCCAGAUGGGUCAUCCUCACGAUUCUUUCACGAAACGUGGGGAUUGCUCACGGAGGGAGCCAAAAUGAUAAGGCGAACCCUAACCGGCGAGGAAACGCCCAUGCCCCCUCCCACUCCUCCCCAAGUUCCUCGCAUUGCACGAAAAGAACUCGAGAUGCUCUCCCAAAUGCAUUUGUUGGACAAGUUGGAGAAACUUGGUCUGGAUGACGUUAACCAAUCGUCCACCUUUGUUUCUCCUACGACUUUGAGGGUCGCCUUAGAAAAUUUGACAUAUGCAAACGGUGGCCAUCUUGAUGAUAUAGAUGAGUCACUGACCGUAGAGUCCAACAGUCCCAUGAGGAGAAAUUUGUCAAAUUCGAGCAUGGAGGCCGUUUCCAGUCCCAAGUUGAGCCCAAUGCAUCGAUCGUCAACGUCUUCAUCCGUCGGUCUCAACAUGAUUUGUGAUCUCGGCUCACCUCCUUCCAGCUUAACAUCUCACCUCGAUAUCCGUGCCAAGUUCCAAGUCGUUUGACAGACGGGGAGAGAGCCGACAAGUGUUUCGUUUUCCCCUCGGCCAGCAAUCAUGACGAAAUGCGAAAGUCGACAGCCGGAUGUCUAAGUUUUGACACUCGGGGGAACAUGUAAUCGCGAGUAAAGGGGGGAGGAAACCGGGUUUCAGGUCUUGUAGAGAAAGAAAGAGAGAGAACCUCUCCUUGUUUUUAUGAGUCGAGUUGGGAAACGAGGAAAAAGUUCCAUUUAAAAAAUGCGCAACAAUCAGAGCUGUUGGUAUUUGUAGUGGGUCACUUUACCAUUUCCUUUUUAGUCAUAAUUAUUUUGUGUUCUAUUUGCACAAGAGGCAGUGAGAGAGAGAAUCGAUAGUGAAAGAGCCGCGUUUAAUCAAAUAUCGGGGGGAGGGGGGAAUGACGUCGAUAUCGGUGUUUGGUUACAAAUGACGUGCCAUCCAUUUCGGGCGAGAGAGAAACAAAAUUAUAAUAACCACUUCACUUCUUUUUAAAUUACGUCAAUCGCAACACUUAAAAAACAGUAUACAAAUUUGUCUCUUUUUUGUUUUUUUUCUUCUCCUUGUUGAACUCUGUGGGAAAUUUGAGGAGAUCCGUGGGUCUCGGCUGUGACCGUAGCCAAGGAGAUGUGCUGAGAACAUGAGAACUGGGCGGGGUAAGGGUGUCGUCUCGGCCGACGUUUAAAAGGGGGGCAAUUUGGAAAUUGCCCGAAAAGCAGCUCAAAAAAGGUCCUUAAAAACAAGUUUUGGUGCUCGGUUCAUGUCGUUUACGUCAUAACUGUCUAAUUGAACGCCAUUGCGUGUACUGCACGUUUCACCAAAAAUUAACUAAAAAUUCAAUAAAAAUGGAAAGAAAAAAAAAAGAAAGAAACGACAAAUGGUUCAGUUGAUGGAUCCGGUCUGCCGGUCGGAUUGCGCUCCCAAUUUGUCGAGUGUCAACACCACCCGAGCUGCCGGAAGGAAUGUUUCUGUGAGUUUUCUUUUUGUUUUCCUUUUAUGUUCGUUUUUUUGGGUGCAUGCCUCCCCCUUAUCCCCCCAACUUGAUUUUUACACCGCCGAAUGAAAUUGAACCGAGAUUGCCAAUCAUCCUGUCAUCGAAUUCAAAAAGUACGUCGUUUCGUCAUAUUUUGUAGCGAGUGCUUAUUUUCUACUUCAUUGAUAUUUGGACGUUUAUUGUCUUGUGAAAUCGUGUUUCAUUUCUCCCCCCCCCCCAUUAUUCUUUUUUUUGUGUGUGGUCAGAUGCGUCUUCGUUGUAGAUCUCGCUUCGUCGUGCUGCUAUAAUUUAAAUCAUGGGCGGGGCUAUAAAACUGCUAUUCUUAUCAAAUAGUAAUUUAAAUACCUUUUACCCCAAACUAAUAAUGAUUGAUUAAUAUCCCCAUUGUACAUACGGCACCCGAGCACAGGUUGAUAUAUUUUUUACAUUUCGUUCCCCCUCCCCAUGUUUAUUAACAUACCGGUCUUAUAUGCGUUUGUGUUAUGCUUUAUACACCUCAUAUCCCUCCCCCACCCAUUAUUCGUCCUGCCAUAUUAAACAACAAAUACAAUGAAAUUUUUUGCGAUUUCUUAAAAA